AUGUCGUUACCGCCUUGUCACAUCUUGUGCCAAUCAGAUCUUAAAACACAGCGAAAUGUUUUGGACACGCUGUUUGAGCCGUGUGACACGCUGGCAGAUAUUCUGAUUCCAACAGUGUUUGGACGUUCCUUCUCCACAUACAGCCAUUUGAUUGAGGCGUGCAGAGAUCAACUGAAUAGACUAUAUCUCGAGUACAUUAAUGACCGAAGUCUAGAGCCAACAAUCGACGACAUAGUCGCUUCACAUCCAAGAUUGGGCCCGCCUAAGGACGCGAAGGCAAAACUGUCCUCGCACUCAUCCUCAGAACAGGCUCAACUAAAUGCAGACCCUGAACUUGCACAGAAACUGGUGGAGCUUAAUGACCGCUACGAAGCUACCUUCCCAGGACUCCGAUUUGUUGUGUUUGUGAACGGAAGGUCAAGAGACGAGAUAAUGAAAAUCAUGAACGAGCGCAUUGCCAGAAACGAUAUGGACGCCGAAAUCAAAGAGGCCUUCGACGCCAUGUGCGACAUAGCUCUCGACAGGGCGACGAAAAACCAAUCUAAAUUGUAA